UUGUAUUCUUAUGCCCUGUCAGUUGUCACGUGAUAAGAUCUCGAAUAGAACACUGACCUUAAUGCUGUGCCGAACCAAUAACACAUACACCAGUACGAGCAGCCUAGAAUCAACUCUGAGAUGUUAGGCUUUCGCCUAACCCGUCUGGUUCAGUCCAGAACACAAUCUCAGUUACCACUGUAUGAACCAUGUAUUCCAGACAUAUACAGUUUAUGUACAAGCAAAUCGGACCGCAUCAGACCAUUAAAUAGAAAAUAACAAUUAUACAAGAUCGAGCCAAAAGUGGCUGUGAAUCUGUUUGUCAAUGUGGUCAAGUAUCGACUGGAUCAAAUGCAACGUCGACUAGAAGCUGAACAAAGACAGUCAACAAGUCGAGCUAGUUUCAAAUGCUCUUCUUGCAAUACUGCCUAUACAGACUUGGAAGUGGAUCGUUUAAUGGAUUUUACUAAUCCGGGAAAACUUGUAUGCGUAUAUUGUCGUGGGGAAGUUUGUGAAGAAGAAGAUAACGCUUCACGAACAGAUGCUCGUGCUUUAAUCGCAAAGUUUCACCAUCAGUUUCCAGGAAUGCCUUCAGAAAAUCUAGUAGAAACCCUUCAUAUUUAUAUGCUACCGCAGGUACAUGUUAUUCUUGCUACGUUCAAAUACAUCAUUUUCAUGUAAUUUUUUACGAAAUAAUUUUCCUUAAUAAUUUAGUUACCUUACUGAUUAAUUUAUAGAUUGAUAUUUUUUAGGUUCGAGAUCCGAUCGAUCUAAUGCUUCGUGAAUGUGAUGAAAUACACUUGUCACCUUCAAUACUCGAACCAGAAAUCCGUCCUCUUGAACCUCUAAACGAUGAUACCUGUGAUGAAUCCCAGAUUUCCUCUCAAAACGUCGGUAGGAACUCUAUUCUGCCUGGUGAUAAAAAUAAAAAAAACUCGUCUCUAUUCGGUCCAACUGAAAGCAGUGUUCGGAUCGUGCUAAGUGGAAACUCAAGUGGAUCAAACCAAGUGGUCAAAGAAAGACCUAUAUGGAUGUCUGACAGCACCAUAAAUCUCAACCCAACUCCAGGAAUUGGAGAUACGGAUUCACAACUGAAUAUAUUUUCAAAUGCAUCCGAGUUUCAUUCAAACCAUACUCCUGAAGACGCUAUCACUCAGACUCUUGCCCCUGGGAGAGUGCCCUCUGGAUUUGGUAGUAACUUAUCCAAUUCUGUUACAACCGGUGUUUUUCACAACAGGCUAGCGGAUACUGCUACCUCGGAAACUAAUCUAAUGACAAAUACCACUGGUGGGACCAAUACAGCUUCGUCCAGUGAUAUUAUGCAAUUAUUACUUGUACACGAGAGACGUGGUCUACUCACCCGGAAUUCCGCUAAAAAUGUUAUUGUUCCAGGUCGCAAUAAUGCACAUAAAACUACACUUGCCCAACCAGAUCUCCUGGUUAACACGGAAAACACGUCUGUGGACCUUCACACAAAGAAGUUCGAGGUUACUGUUGGAGGCCAGCUUAUGCUUUAUACAGAUGUAACUCCGGUAAUGGUGAAGACAAUGACUAAAGAAGAGCGUGAAAACUACGUGCGCGUUGGUAAGCUUAUGUUCAACAACUUAAUGCUCGAAUAAAAAGAAAAUGAGCUUAUGUAAAAUAUAAUGUAUUAUA